ACUGGUAAAUGUCUCCUGUUAUACAGUAGUUAGCAAGAACCACCUACAGUAGUUUAUGCUAAACACUGUUGAAACUGCAUAUCCGCAUGCUAAAUACAAGGUAUCAGAUCUCUUGUGUGGAGCACUGGCUGCUGUCAGACAAAAAUCUAACUGUAUUAUUACUAUUAAUGGCAAAACGAAUGUUUAGAAAUGUAAACUGAUAUUUCCUACUGACACACUACAGCAAAAGAUAGAAAUAACUGACCAUUUUUUUAGCUGCUGAAAAUACUAGUGCUCUAAUCAUUUUGGCCACCACUGUACAUUUUUAUUUUACAUAUAUUUUUAUCAGUAAAGAGAUACCUGUAAUGUUUGCAGUUGUGGUGAUUAAAUGAAAAGCAAGCACAUUUCGAACGAUCAUAAUUCACGCUUAGACCACAUAUGCAAUAAAAUGCAUUUUCCUCUCAAAGCAUGUCAUCUUCAGAUCUGUUUCCAAUGUAAAAUCCCACAACUUUCUUCACUUGAACCAAAUUUAAAACCCCCUGGUUUUGUCAAAGUACAGACACUGCAAGUGUUUAUGCCCAACCCUCGAGCUUCAACGUGAAGCAUGACACUGACACAAGUGUAUAAAUAGCUACAUUAUUACAGACAGGCAACAUGACACCGGCAUGGGCGCUCGUGCUUUGUGUGGUGAAUGAUGGGACAAUAGCCGCUCAUAUGACGAUGAGCCCCUCUGGCUAUUCAUAGCUAUCGUCCACAGCUACGUCUAGCUGUUGUUGGCUGGAGUGUGUCUGUGUGCAAGCGUUUUCAGGAAAACAAACAAACAAAAAGCUCAAGAUGUGGAAACGAGAAAAAAUGUGGAUGAUUAAGCCACCUACUGAGCACCCAAAGGAGUCAAAAUACAGGCCUGUGUUGGAGAGUUUACUGCCCCGUGACCCAAUGAGCAGGUUCAAUCUGAAGAGAAGCUCCCCUAAAGACGAGUUCCCAAACCUGGACAGAAACCACACCCUGAUGGGCCGGAUCCUCAACCUGCACAUGUACUCGCGACAGUUCAACCGCGCAACUGAAAGCGGGGUCAUUUUUGAUGAUAUCAUACGCCCUGGAAUUGAGGAUCCGGGUCUGUCCACAGGACCAAAAGCAGUGGGCUGUUUAGCAGGAGAUGCCCAGUCAUAUAUCCUGUUCUGUGACUUCUUUGACCGUAUUAUCGAGUCUUACCAUGGCUACAAGGUCACCACUGACGCUGUUCAUGAGAGCGACUUCAAUUAUGACAACCUGAAGGGUGGUGAUGACUUUGAUCAAGCAUAUGCUUUGAGUUGUGAGGUGACUGCAGGCCGCAGCAUUGAAGAUUACUGCUUCCCCACACACUGCAGCAGAGGAGAGCGCAGACAGCUCCUCACGCUGGCCAAAACAGUUUUAGAACAGCUGGGUGAGGAUCUGCCUGGAAAGCUUUACUCCAUAGAUGAACUCAGCCAUGCAAGUGAAGAACGCAGGGUUGUGAUGGACUCUCCACCAUUGUCUUUGAUAAAGAUCGGUGUGGCUCGUGACUGGCCCGAUUCAAGGGCCCUGUGGUUAAGUGAGGACGGGACCCUGGCUAUUUGGGUGAACAUGGAAGACCAUAUGAAACUGGUGUCCUACAGAAGUGAUGCCUGCUUACAAGAGGCAUUUAAAACGAUCUGCAUCAAUGUGCUGAAGACGGAGACACUGUAUAAGAAACUGAGACAUCCAUUUAUCUGGAAGCCUCACUUGGGCUGGGUGGUCAGCUCACCUGCAGAGGUUGGCACAGGCCUGAAGGCAAGUGUCACAGUGAAACUGCUGCAUCUCGCCGAGAACAAACGCCUGGAUGACAUCCUGGACAGACUACGACUUCAGAUGGAAGCAACUGGCUGUCCUGGCAUCUACAAAAUCAGCAACCUGCAGACCAUUGGCUUUAAUGAAGUGGAGCUGACCCAGCUAGUAGUGGAUGGGGUCAAACUUCUCAUCCGAAUGGAGAAAAGAUUGGAAAACAACGGUGGCAUAGAUGACCUGGUACCUGCUCAGAAGUGAAGCGGCCAUCAGGAGGCUUUUUGUUUUAUUGAGAACUGAAACACAGCUCUAGAGUAAAGUCUUCUGUUCUGUUCAACACUAUGAUGAAAAAGGGACUUUGCAACAAGUUUUUUUUUUUUGUGUUUGUAAAAUGUUGUUGAUGCUAGUGGUUUAUUGAAUUCUCGUGAAGAAAGGUCUAGAUUAUAUUUCACCCUAUUCUACAUAAAGAGUGAGAAGAUUGUAAUGGGCUUAAAACAGGCUUCAUUGUAAGCCAUUACACACACAUUGUCAUGAAAAUGUCACAAUACAGAAUUUUAAUAUGAAUGAAAAUUAAGCCUAUUUUAAGACUAUGUAAUUUUAUUUUUUUUUUCUGGGUCUGAAAUAUGACCGAGGCAAUGCUUUGAACUGAAAACUACAUAUAGGAUUUUCACUGCAUUUGAGUUUACAGACUCAUUUCAAAGUCAGCCGUAUUUACUACCUGUAUAUCCUAAGC